AUGGAUAUAGUGUUGACAAGUGGCGGUAACGCAGCACUCGCAAACCGGCUCCGAGAGCUGCGGUUGAUCGACAAAGAAGAAUCCAACAUGGCGUCUGUGAACAGCGACGAGUGGAGAGCCCUUUACGCAACGAUAGUAAUACUAACUGGGGCAUCUUGUAUUUCAGGUGAAACUGAGCGUGCUGCCACAUACUGCCACAGCACCCUGCAGAGACAGUUACAGUUAAAUCAUUUCAGUCCAAUGGAGUGGGCUCUGAAUGCUGCUACACUAUCACAGUAUUACAUCACUAAGGGCCUGUACAUGGAAGGGAGACAUUGUCUCUCUGCAGCUACUGUCAUAACCGGUUUAGCAGGGGAGGCUCCUUCUGAGGCUGCAGCACAAGAGAGUGAGGCGGAGAGUGAGCGCAGGGAGCAGCUCAGACAGAAGAGAGCUGAGAUUGCAAGAUGUUGGAUCAAAUAUUGUCUCAACCUCCUGCAGGACUCAAAGAAGCUGCUGGAGGACAGCAUUGGGGAGCUUGACACUGAUCGUCAAGAAGAGAUGAAGAUGGCGAGGAGACGUGAGGAAGAGGAGGAAGAGAAGGGAAGGAAGAGCGCUCUGCUCUUUGGCUCUGAGGACACUUUUGACUCCAUUGCAAGUCUGGAAGAGAAGGUUCGCUGUUCGUUGCCAUUAGACUUCACUGAGGCCAGAGUGGUUUUUCUGGUGGGACAGAAUUAUGUCACUCAGGCCAAGGAGUACUUUGAGAUGGACGGCCAUGUGACGGACCACGUAGAGAUCCUGCAGGAUCACAGCGCUCUGUUCCGCUCAAAUAAUAAUAAUGAAUCAAUAAACCUAUAUGUUUGUAUUCAUUUAGCAUUGAAGGUUUGAGAAACAGCAGGGAAGUUCAUGAAGCACCUUUAUAUUAGUUUUAAUUGACUUUUUAUUCCAAUAUUAUUUUUAUAUCCUGCUCGACGGAACGUCUUUUGGUUAUAUGACAUUCUUAAACUGCAAGUUUUAUUAUAUUUUUAGUUUUUUGACGUCUUUUAUGUUUUAAUCAAAAUUCUUAACGGUUUGUAAAUCUCCUUUCCUUAUGUUUGGAUGUUUUUAAUGGUUUUAUGUGAAGCAUUUUGAACUGCCUUGUUGUUGAAAUGUGCUAUACAAAUAAAAUUGCCGGGCAUUGCCUUGACUUAUAACUGA